ACAAAGGACUACUCGGGUCGAUAGGGGAGGGGAGAGGGGAGAGAGAGAGAGAGAGAGAGAGAGAGAGUUUCUCGCGGGAGGAGGCCAUGGGCAACGCCGGGAGCGCGCCGGAGCAGCCCCACAACUCCGCGGAUGGGGCUGCCGCCGCAGAGGCCCGCCGCGCGCCGCCGUCCACGGUCCGUUUCUUCCCCGAUGCGGAGCGCCAAAAGGCCCGGCAGCCGCCGCCGAUAAAGCUCGAGGAGGAGGAAGGCGCAACGCCGCCGCCCGCCACCGAAGAGGAGAUGGCCCCUCGCAACCUCUGGCAGGUGUAUGCGCUUGGGGCGUUCAUUGUGUUGAGAUGGGCCUGGGCCAAGUGGAAUGAGAACCAGGACAGAAAUGACUCAGACUCGCCUGAUGGGGAUGGAGGUGCACCGGACAGGUCGACUUGAUCAUGGUUUGCUGCAUCCAUGGACUUGGCUCUGCUUCGGUCUAAAACUAGAAGAGAAGAUGAAUGCUAUUUCGCUUCGCUUAUGAUGAUGGAUCACUCUACCCCCAUCAUAUAGUGGUCACAGAUGUUGCUAUGCGGUGGUGGAUGUAUGUUGUUCACAUUUUGCAAGUGACACUCUAUGUGUACUUUAGAAAAUUCCUUUUCAUCUCUGGUUUGUUACGGUUACAAUCUGCGAUGUUAAUGUUAUAGAUUGAUUGCCUGCUUGUUUUCUGACUUGCAGCAAUCUUGUACUGGUUGUUUUUACAGUUAAAUAACCAUGUUGUCAAGUUGCUAGCUAUUUGAGCAACAAAGUGGCGGCGGUUGUGUGUU